AUGCCGCAGGACACCUCCGCCACCCGAGGACCGCUCCGCCGCCUCGACCACGCCUCCUCGCCGGACUACCUCCCCGGCGUCGCGUCGUCCUCGUCCCCCACCUCAAGCCCCGCUGCCAUUGCCCUACGCUACCCGGUGAGGGCCACACCCUCUUCUCUCUCCCCCGUCCCCUACGCUCCCUCGGUGAGGCCCCUGGCCUCCUCUUCUCUCCCCGUCACCGUCGACCGUCCCGUUGCACCGUCUGGAUCGCCGAACGCCACCACGACCACCGCACCGCACCGCCUCCCCCCUCCUCGCGCUCGCUCGCGCCCCUCGCGCACCCAAGGUCGUGCGCGCUCGCGCCGACCGCAGCCGUUGCGGCUCCCCUGCCGCCCUGCCACUGCGCCCGCCUCCGCCCGCAACUCCCAGCGCCUCCCCUGCCGCUGCUCCACGCCGGCGCGCCGCCCUGGCCCCCCUGCUCCCUGCGACCGCCCUACCGUGGUCGCCGGCGCCCCGCAGCGCCCAAAUCGGGUGCGCCCCGCGGGCUAG